CUGGUAUAUUAGCAGACUGGAGAGAGAUCACGGUGUCCUUCCUUUCUGUGAAUUAAGAUUACUAGUCCUUCCUUAAAAUUGAAGAAGAUGAUCAUGUAUUUGGCAGCACCUUCCCUCCCAAAACCCCCCACCACCGCCUACUCCAACAACAACAACAUCUACUCAUCCCUUUCUUACUGCCACAACAAUAUAUGUAUUUUCGACAGUUAGUAAUUAAUAACAGAAUAGAUAUAAAUUAUAAUCUCUUCUUCUGCUAACACCGAUCGGUAAGACCCAUCUCGAUCUAGUCUUCUCAUAACUUCACAAAACCCAUCUAUGUAUAAGCAAAAACUACUUGAGAAAUAAAACUCAGAGUUUCAAACUUAAUUUUGAUUCAUCGGUCAUCUACAUAUAUAUGUAUAUUGAUCAAUCACUAUAACGUUAACACAUUCGAAUAAUACAACAAGGAGUUGGAUGUCGAAUGGCUGGUGAAUCUCAACAAGAGAAAGUAAGAAGAAACUUGGUUCCUUCAAGAUACUGUCACCUAUCAUCAGCAUCAGAUAUCUCUUCUGUGAAUCUAGUUGAUCAUCAUCAUCAGAUGCAAAGUUUUGAAUCAAAUCCAGCACAAGUCUUCAACUUGACUACUGGCAUGGAGAUGUUAGCUUUUCCAUCUAAGACUGAUACUACUAAUAACCCUAAUACUAACCAUCGAUCAUCAUCGUCGUCAAUAACAGAUGUUUCUGCUGAUCCUAACUCUAUGUGGAAAGAGUUCCUCAACAAACAACCCACCACCACCACUACUACUAACCCUAGUUUUGGUUCCUUUUCUUCUUCUAAGCAGAAUAUUAUUACAUCUACAACUGAUACUACUUCCUAUCCUAAAACAACAACUACUAGUGAGAAUCUAAUCCUUUCUUCAAUACCUGAUCAUCAUCAGCUGCAGCAGCACAAUUCUACUUGGCAAGAUCACAACAUGAAUGAUAACAACAACAGACUAAUAGUAGAUGAUGAUGAUUCUAAUAUUAGAUGUUUAUAUCCUAAUAGUGAGAAACCAAGUGGUGGUAGUCAAGGACUUUCUCUUUCCCUCUCUUCAAACAGAAGUAAUAAUAUUAUUGGAGGAAUACAUUCGUUUGAUCAUCAGGCCAUGAGAGAAACCAAAAAUCAACAAGAUGGCUUCUUUGGGAGAUCAGCUUCUGGAUAUUUUCCUCAACAACAAAUCAUGCAAGAUGGAUUCCAUGUAAGGAAUUCAGUUAAUGAUCAAACUUGUUAUCAACAAACGAAUAAUAUUCAACUGAAGAGUUCAAAAUACUUGGUUCCUGCUCAAGAACUUCUGUAUGAGUUGUGUAACCUUGGAACUAAACAAAAUGAUGAUACACAACUACUACAGAAGCAGAAAAUUAACCAAUCAGAAGAUGAAGAUGGUAGUACUGAGUCCUCGAGAAAACAAUCAUUUCUGUACUCUCUUGACCUCCUUGAAUUGCAGAAACGUAAAACCAAGUUGAUUUCCAUGUUGGAAGAGGUGGAUAGAAGAUACAGGCAAUAUUGUGAUCAAAUGAAGGGCGCCGUGUCUUCAUUUGAAGCAGUACUUGGGGGAGGAGCGGCGUCGGCGUAUUCAUCUCUGGCAUCUAAGGCUAUGUCGAAACAUUUUAGGUGCCUAAGAGAUGGGAUUGUAGAUCAAAUAAAGGCAAUUAAGAAGGCAAUGGGAGAGAAGGAUCCAGUUGCACCAGGGACCACUAAAGGAGAAACACCAAGGCUUAGACUUCUUGAUCAAACACUGAGACAACAAAGAGCUUUUCAACAAAUGACCAUGAUGGAAAGUCAUCCUUGGAGACCCCAAAGAGGUCUACCAGAAAGAUCAGUGUCGGUCCUUCGUGCUUGGCUCUUCGAACACUUCCUUCACCCGUAUCCAAGUGAUGUUGAUAAGCACAUUUUAGCUCGCCAAACAGGACUCUCAAGAAGCCAGGUGUCAAAUUGGUUUAUUAACGCCAGAGUUAGGCUAUGGAAACCCAUGGUAGAAGAAAUGUAUGUCGAAGAAACAAAGGAGCAAGACAAUGUAGCUUCUUCAUCAGAUUGGAUUACAGGAAUAUCACUAGACGACAACAGCCGGCUGAAUUCAGACCCUCAUAGAAAUCCCCAAGUUUGCUCCGAGGAUCGCAAACCAACACAUGACCAACUUAUUCGGGGCGACUCUGAAACUCUCUCUUCCAUUAUAAACAUGCCAGAUAAAAUUAAUCAGCAUAUAGAAAAUGGUACAAACACACAUUCUCAUUACUACAACUACCAGCAACAAGAGCAAUUACAGCAGCAACGACGGAUGCAGUUAGCAGCAGCAGGGAGAGUAUCUAAUGAGAAUUUUGACAUAGGGGACUUGGACUUCUCGUCUUACAGCAACCAUGGGGUGAAUCAGCAGAACAAUCUUGGAACCGGGGUUUCUUUGACUCUCGGUCUACAACAACAUGGAGGAAGUGGUAUCAACUUGUCAUUUUCACCAGUAGCUCAACAUCCUCUUUUCUACACUAGAGAACAUAUUGGGGGUGUUGAUGAACAGGUCCAGUACUCUAUCUUAGAUGGAGAGCAGAAUCUUCCUUAUCGAAAUUUGAUGGGAUCGCAAUUACUUCACGAUUUCGCUGGAUGAUAAUUUAGGCUACACGCAGUUUAGCUUGGGCCUGGCUACUUGCAAACUUAGUGGAUAUACACGGCAUGAAGAAGAGUAGGUUGCUAGACAUAUAUAUUUCCAUGCAUUUGGUUAGUUAUAUAAAAAUAUAGAUACUCCAAAGAAGCUUCUAUUUAUAGAGAGAUAAAGGUGCUAGUGAAUUCAUGAAUAUAUUUCAACAGUUAAUGAGCUUUAUUACGGGGAAAUGCUAUUCCGCUCCCCCAUCUCCUCCCUGACGAGGUGUCGUCUUAUGUGGAUACCUGACGUGUAUAAGAAUCAUACACCUUUAUCUUCCACGUGCUUGUUUUGUUUUCUC